AUGAUCAAUUCUCUUUCACUUACAGAAUUGUUGAAAGCAGAAGCAAGUCAUAGAGUGAUGACAGAAAGUGAUGAAGUGAAUUCAUAUAACGGUUCCAGUUCUUAUGGCUCUUCUCGGAUACCGCGGUUAAGUGAUUCAGAACAACGUUUGUCUGAAUCAAAUGCUCCAAAUUUCAGUUCUGAUGAUCUUCAUCGUUUCAACAUUGAUCAUGUGAAAGUCAUACCAUCAUUGCAUACAACGAUUCCACCGGGUUUUAAAUAUCUUCAAGUACAUACUCUCACUAAGGAAACUGUUACACUUGCCGUGCAUGUGAAAUGUCGUGUGCAGGAUGCAUAUUUGUGUUGUUGCUCUCAUCUUGGUUUUGAUGAAGAGCGAUUAUUUGGUUUAGCUCUUCGAACACCGUCCGAAGGAAUAGGUGGUGAUCGUCCAAGAAAUGAAUAUUUCUUCUUGGAACCAAAUCGAAAGAUCACAAAAUACGCUCCUAAACAAUGGAAGAUUUCGCAUGCUUGGAAUACUGUCGUUGAAAGUCGCCCAUUUUUGGCUCUUCACCUUCGAGUUCGUGUAUAUGUAGACAAAGUUCAUUUAAUUGGGUGCUCAACAACUCUGCGUCAUUACUACCUUCAGUUGCGUGAAAAUUUACUUGACCAGUGGUCAGGGUCCAAUUCAGUUGCUGAAGAACGGUGCUGGGAACUUGCUGCGUUAGCACUUCAUGCAGAUGAAAAUGGAAACGAUUUACUAUCUUUCCGAGCCGAACAGUAUUUCCCUCUUUGGGUGGUAAAUGUUCAUGGCUUAGAUUUUGUACGUCGCAAUAUAUCUGCUAUUCGUGAAGAUUUGAGAACGUGUUCAAGUAAUGAUGCAAUAGUGGAUUAUUGCCAGCAAGCUUCAAGGCCACCAUUCGCUCUGAAUUGUCAUUUGUACGGAUUACGGAGGCACAAAAUGGAUACAUUUGAUAACGCAGUAAUUGGAAUCAGUCCAAAAGGAAUCGAAACGUCUGACGUUGGCAAUGAUGGAGAGCGAAUUCCUUUGCGGAAACUACAGUGGAAUCGAAUCGCAAAGCUAAGUUUCGACAAGAGGAAACUAACGAUAACGGGCAUCGAUGGUGCUAGUCUCUCUCUAUAUGCGCAGUUUGAAAAUAAAGCUCGAUAUUUGCUUGAGUUUUGCAAGGCUUUCCAUCAAGCAACUCUGUUUAUCAGCAAUCAGCUAAUAUUUCGCCGUAUUCACUUCACAAGUAUAAAUUCACCAUUGUUCUGUAACGAUGAUGACCCUCUUUGUUCGAGACGUUCACUUAACUCACGUGCUUCUAGUAAUAGCACGUCAGGUGUAGUUUCAGAUAAACCUGGAAGUGAAGCGGACAAAGAUUGUGAAUGGACUGACAUAUGCGGUAUGGCAUCUGACUGCUCGUGUGAAGAAAUGCAGGCAUUUACGAGUGAAGAUUUAGCUGCAGAAAUAGAUAAAACAUCGCUUAAUACAGUGCCUGAAGUUGCAGUUGAUGCUCAAAAUGAAUUAGGUAGUACCAUCAAUGUCAAUGUCGAUCAUCUGAAUACUUCCUCCUCGUCAGGUGAUGAUGAAGAGACGAGAGAAGGAUCAGAAGUUACAGAAUUCACAGUAAAUGCAAUCUUGAAGCAACCACCACAAUACACUGAGACACUGGAAAGUUUCCACAGUCAAAGUACGCAAAAUAAACCUGAAAUUCCUUACCAGCGAUCUAGUGCCAAUCCAAAUGUGAAACCAAGAUGGAUAACAGUAGCUGGUUUCACUCCCUCGAUGGCAACAGUCUCUUGCCCACUUGAAACUUCCACUCAUCUCGCUUACUCUGAACCAAAACUUCAUUACCAAUUGGGAUCACACACGUCAUCGCCUCCAACCGUGCAGGCAAAUGGCUUAUUUCAGAAGCGUUAUGGACAACGUCUGCAGCAUAGUUCUGCUGCUCGAGGAAUUAGUCGUGUGCAAAGCAUGCCGGCUCAUAAUGCUCAGCAUUAUCUAGAUGAUGAUGAGCAUUUGCCACAGUCCUCGGUUAAUACAGCAUCAGUAAAAUAUUCGCAUUCCUCACCAGGAACUCGUUUUCUUGUCCAUACUAAACAACCUCCUUCUUAUGAGCAUGCUGUCCUUCAGCAAUCACGUGUACGUUAUGCACAAAAAGCGUCUGGAAUGUGCACACCACUUACGAACGUUGUAUCAAAGGAUAUUUUAUCUGAAAGACAUUCUUAUACAAGUGAUCAUGAAAAAAUGACUCUAAACAGUCGUAUUCGAAAAUAUCCGAUGAUGAGAGCUUUGUGGCAAGAACAUCAGCAAGGUUCAUGUGGACAAUUGGCAACAAAUUCGAACUCGAAUUUUUCUUCUGUUACUGCUGCUACGAGUGCAACACGGUUCAAUGUACCAUCAGUGUCGAAUCCUAUAUUAUCCUCAUUAAACGCUGUGAUCAGUGAUUCUGUAGGAGUAGAUUUGCAACAUUUGCAACUACAGUCUUCAUGUCAGGAACUUGCUUCGUCUAUUGUAGUUACUUCACCACAUUUUACCUCAGCUGGUUAUGAUUCUCGACCGAAUACAGUAUAUGCUAUGAGACCAUCUAGAAAUCGGGCGACAGUUUAUCAUCAAGAAAUUUAUGUACCUGAGAAUUCGGCACCUUCCUGCUGUUACUAUUCUCCAUAUGCUGCUGGUCGUAAUCAAAGUUGGAUAAUGUCACAUUCUAUAUUGGAUUUGCCACCGCCACCACCAUAUCCUCCACCAAGAUGUCCACCCUCACCUACGGCGAUAAGUAAUCCACAGAUGGUCGCCUAA